CUUCUAAGCUGCUUCUCCCACCACCUCACCAACACCAAUCCAUGGAACCCAACUGCCGCCAAAUCCGCCGCCCCAGGCCGGAGCUCCGUUGCCGGAAGCACCCCAAGCACCGCCAGCCUGCCGGAGGUGUUUGCUCGCUUUGCCUGUCGGAGAAGCUCUCUCAGCUAUCCAAAAGAAGUAGUAAAUAUAACAUCGUUGCUACGGCGUCUUCCUGUUCUUCUUCUUCUUCUUUGUCGUCCUUGUCUUCCCAUUAUUCUUCGUCCGAGGCUUCGCCGAUCCACGAGCGGCGUGGAAUGGAAUUGAAUGGAAAAGGGUUCCUUUCCGUGCUCGGGAAGAGUAGAUCAAUGGUGGCUGCUUAUAAUCGGAGAGAAGGGGAUGGGAAGAAGAAGGAAGGGUUCUGGGCGAAGUUGCUUCGACCCAGAAGCAAGAAGAUGGAUCGUGGCGGUUUGGUGCACUCGAGUACUGUGAGAGAAUUAAGGGUUCAUUGAUGGAGAUCUUUCAUGCAAUAUUCAUAUCUUUGGUUUGGCUUCAUUUUUGCUUUUUAUAAACUGUACAAGUUAGGGUUUUUUGUAAUACAUAGUGUUAAAAUUGAAAAAAUCAGUCAAUCGAAAGAAAGAUACAGAUCAUGGAAGCUUGUUUGAUUAAUUAAUCGUCAUAUGUUCUCCAUGUAUCAUCAGUUAAGUAAUUUUUCUUUGGAAUUUUGGAAAUUAUAUAAAGGAAUGCUUAAUUUGCUUUUGCAAUUUAAUUAA